AUGGAAGGGAUCAAUGCCAACAUUAUAUGUCACUCCUUGAAUGUCGACCCCUCAUAUCCUCCUAAGAGCCAGAAGUGUCGACCGAUGAACCCUGAGAGGUAUGAAGCACUGAGAGAAGAGGUCGACAAACUAAUCAACAAUGGAUUCAUCAGGGAGGCCCAUUACCCACGUUGGGUCUCAAACCCAGUUCUAGUAGUCAAGCCUAACAGGGACUGGAGAACGUGUGUCGACUUCAGCGAUCUCAACAAAGCAUGUCCAAAGGAUGGCUUUUCGCUCCCACGGAUAGACCAAAUGGUCGACGCCACGGCGGGACAUGAGAUGUUGAGCUUUAUGGACGCCUAUUCCGGAUACAACCAGAUCCCCAUGCACCCAGCCGACGAGGAGCACACAUCCUUCAUAACCGACAGGGGUCCCUACUGCUACAAAGUUAUGCCAUUCGGCCUGAAGAAUGCAGGGGCUACCUACCAACGGUUUAUAUCAAAGGCAACAGACAAAUGCAUCACUUUCUUCGACGCUUUAAAAGGAAGCAAGCGUUUUGAGUGGACACCACGGUGUGAAGAGGCCUUCCAGGGAUUAAAGGAACAUUUGGGCAGACCUACAAUCCUGUCUAAACCAAACCUCGACGAAGAGCUUAGCCUAUAUCUCUCCGUGUCCCAACACGCCGUAAGUUUCGUACUGAUAAGGGAGGAAGAAAGGGUGCAAUUGCCAAUCUACUAUGUGAGUAAAAAGCUUCUCGACGCCAAAUCAAGUUACAGCGAAAUGGAGCGCUUAGCCCUCGCCCUGAUGGGCCAAGCGUUGGCAGAUUUCUUAGCCGAGUUCUCCCAUAGGCCAGCCCCUACCGCGCCUGAAGGAGUCGAGACUGCACAAUGGAAACUCUACGUGGAUGGAGCGUCAAGCGAAAGCGGGUUAGGAGCCGGCGUCUUAUUAAUUAGCCCAGAUGGCCACAAGAUUACCUCGGCAGUUCGAUUUAAAUUCAAGGCGUCGAACAAUGAGGCGAAAUACGAAGCGCUAAUCGCGGGACUACGCCUGGCCAGCCACCUAAAGAUCGAAAGGCUCAGCGUCUUCAGCGAUUCUCAAUUAAUUGUCGGGCAAGUAAAAGAAGAAUAUCAAGCACGCGGCGAGAAAAUGGGAGCGUACUUAAGGAAGGUAAAGGAAGAACUCGUUAAGUUCAAAAGCUACGAGAUACUCCAGAUACCACGAACCGAAAACGUAAACGCCGACGCUCUGGUAAAGCUAGCUUCCACAAGAGAGUCCGACACACUAGGGGUCGUUCCCAUCGAAGAAUUGGAGCGGCCGACUAUUGAAGAAAAAGUUAAGGCAUUAAUCGUCCAAGCAGGUGAAAAUUGGAUGACGCCACUCAUCCAAUACCUAAUGGACCCACAACUACCAAACAAUAAAGAUGAAGCCAAACGAAUCAGGUAUAGAGCUGUUAGGUACUUGUUGUACGACGGCUUGCUCUACCGGCGAGGCUACUUAACACCUCUACAGCGGUGCCUGAAUAAUGCCAAGGCCCAGAAGGUCCUCCAAGAAAUCCAUGAAGGGGUCUGCGGUAACCACACCGGGGGGCAUUCUUUGGCUCUAAAGUUCGACAAUGCCUCAACACGCAGAUUUUGUGACAGCUUGGGCAUUCGGAAAGACUUCUCGGCACCAAUCCAUCCGCAAUCUAACGGACAAGUCGAGGAGGUCAAUAAAACAUUAAAGUACACCCUCAAAAAGAGACUCGAUGAUCUAAAAGGAAAAUGGGCUGAGGAGCUUCCCAAGGUCUUAUGGGCAUACAGGAUGAUGAGCCGAACUACUACAGGUGAAACGCCCUUCUCCAUGGCGUAUGGCGUUGAGGCAGUGCUCCCCAUAGAAAUUGAAACACCGACUCUAAGAACCGUCGUCCAAAACAACGACGACAACACGGAAGGCAUGAACGGGGAACUCGACUUGUUGGAAGAAAAAAGGCUCGACUCCCAACUGCGCCUCGCCGCUUAUCAGCAAAGAGCAGCGCGAUACUACAACAAGAAAGUUCGGCAAAGAAGGUUCGUCCCAGGGGACCUAGUAUUAAAAAGGGUAACGCAAAAUACAAGACCCAUAAAUACUGGUUCACUGGGCCCAACUUGGGAAGGGCCCUACUGCAUAAAGGAAGUACUACGUCCUGGCACCUACAUUUUAGAAAGCCUCGACGGCAAGAGGAUUCAACACACGUGGAAUGCAGAACAGCUAAGGCUGUACUACCAAUAG